AUGGCGAAAGGGGGCUGGUCAUGGAAAAGUUUUGGGAUGCAGGGAUUUCUUGUUUACAUCCUCCUGGAGUACGACGCGGGGGCGGGGUUGGCUCCGCCCUCAUUCUUUAGACCUGACGUCAUUGUCGCUUGUGUUUUUUUGUGAAUGAAAGAAUCCAACCUCAGAGAGCAGCGGAGUAAUUCCGGGAAAAGGCGGACUGACAUUUUGUCGCUAGAGUCGCUUCGAUCCAGCAGAUUGUCUGUCUGUAUCUGUGUUGACUGGUGCUUGGGGGGGGAACAACCGAAGACAGUUGGAUCAUGUCAUCAGAAAGAAGCAGCAAGGCCCUGAAGGUAAAACAGGAAUGUGGCGAAAAUGUGCCCGUCCUGUCGGACAGCGAGCUCAUGUCUCUCACAGUACGAGAGUUGAACCUCCACCUGCGCGGCAUGUCCCGCGACGAGAUCCAGAAGCUGAAGCAGCGCCGCCGCACCUUGAAGAACCGGGGCUAUGCCGCCAGCUGCCGAGUCAAACGGGUGUCGCAGCGCGAAGCCCUGGAGCAGCAGAAAACAGAGCUCCAAAGGGAGGUGGAGAGGCUAGGGGCGGAGAAUGCCGGCAUGAGGAAAGAGCUGGAGGGGCUGGGCGCGCGGUUGGCGGCGCUCCAGAGGUUUGCCAGGGGCCUGGAGGCCGGAGGAGGCAACCUGCUCGCUACAGCCCCGCGGCGCAACACCGCCUCGGUCAUCACCAUCGUCAAGAGUCCGCCACAGCCCCAGCCACAGAGGGACCAGGAGUCGUCCUAGAAGGAGCUGCUUGACUGGGGGGGGGUGGGCAGGGCCGCACAACAUGCAAUGCAACAACACACAUACACCUGCAGGCGUAUAUAAAUAUAUAUAUAUAUAUAUAUAUUCUAUACACACACAUGCCGGUGAACAGGAAGACGAUUUUAGUAGGAAAAUACUAAGCACUGCGUCACGCCUCGUUCACAUUUUGAAAUUCCGUAGGAUUAUUUACGCAGGAGCCAUUUGUUCCUGUGUGACACAGUGUUGACUAGUUUUCCAAAGCAAGGGCCAAGAACCGUUGCAAAAGAGUCUAGGACCGGUGGAGGUGUCCGUCUCGUAAAGCCGUUCUAUGACACUGCAGUUUAGUUGACUGAAAUCUACCUAAGUGGAUCUGUUUAGGAUUCUGUUCAGAAAGACGCAGCGGGUUUCAUGUGAACGAGGCGUUCAGCACCGAUGCCUUUGCAGUCAUCACACACCCUCGCACAAAACCCUCACACUCAGUCCCCGGUCCACACGGGUGG